AUGACUAUUCGUUACAACAACUUUUUAAUGUUGCCUGAAGCACCACCGCAGCAUGUCAACUGUACCGCAUUGUCGUCGCAAAGUCUAAAGAUAUCCUGGCUGGAGCCGCCAUUACAAUUUCAUGGUGGCAUAAUUCAAGGCUAUAAAAUUUUAUAUCGACCAAUUGUGAAUCAAACCUCUCAGGCGCCGAACGGCAACGAACUGAUAGCAACCAAUGCAUCCUGUGUGAAUUUGAAAUUAUCGACGUGGAACAAUGGAGGCUGCCCUAUUUAUCAUUUUUCCAUUGAGCAUCGACCGUUGGGGGACAUCCGUUGGACGGUCGUCACAUCCGACAUCUCGAAUGCCGAGGAGAAUCGUGAAAAUUUAAUAUUUUGCGAUUUCCUGCCAGCCAAGUGGUAUCAGCUACGCGUUUCGGCCACAAAUGAUGCUGGCAAAACCACUGAACACUAUCAUUUCGCCACCACUAAUCUGGAUGGAGUAACAAUACCACCACCUCAGGUUUUCCCAUCGGAAAAUGAUUUGAUGAACAAUCUGAUAAAUGCAACGAAUCCGACCAACGGUGAUUGGUUUUCAACAUUAAUCGUCAUCGUAAUCAUCACCGUUGCCAUCAUUACAAUCGCUUUAACAAUUAAGCACCGUCGCACACUGUGUGGCCCCAUAGCCGAGGGCUAUGAGUCGCGUACACUGCCUGGCGAUUACAAAGAGGACCACGAAAAUCGACGCAAUCAGCAGGUGUACAGCGCCUCGCCAGUGAAAACGGUGGACAAAGGAAACGAAUCAGAAAUGUAUGAGAUUUCACCGUAUGCCACAUUUAGUGUGAAUGGUGGACGCACUGGCGCUGGUGCUGGUUCGUCUUCGAAAGCGCCCUCGCAUGGCGGUGUCUGCGCCUCACCCAUGGACUAUACAAUGCAAUUCAAGACAUUCGGACAUCCGGAGGGUGACAAUCUCAAUGCAACGGCUUAUCCUCUACUGCCGGCAAGCUCUGGAUUUGGACAUGUGAAAUCGAAAUCCAGCUGGCACAAACAGCGCUACUACAACACGGAUGACGAAUCCACGCUCAGCAAAUCUAUGACAAUGGUCGCUGGGUCUCAAUCGGGUCAUUCCAAGAAGAGCACCCGCAACGAUGGCAGCCGCGGCAGCAAGAGUACCAGCAGCAGUAGUGGUGGUGGUGGCGGUAGCGGUAGCGGAGUUGUAGGCGGGACUGGUGGUGCUGUGGUGCCUGGGGCACAUUGUGAAUCCGAAUCGGACACGAGCAUAAGUCCCAGCACAGAAUUCUCCAACAUGCCAACUUAUAGAGUUCCUUGUAAGUCGACGCGCAGCAGCGAUGGGCGCCCAGCUGCAGAUAUGUUUCGACCUGACUCGAGCACAGAGUCCAACAAUGAGCUGGGCUCACCGGUGGAGCGUCGCAUAAGCGGGCCGCGAUUACUGGCUGGUGUGCCUGGUGGCGGCGGUGGUGUCAACAUCGGCGCGGAUAAGCGAGGACAUCGUAGCCGAAAGCAGCAGCAACAAUUGCAGUUACAACAACAACAACAACAGCAGCAGCAACAACUACAAGCAAAGGAACAUCAGACGCUAGAUCGGAGAAUAUGCCCUGGAAGUAACAACAGUUUAGACAGUGAGGUUAACUCGGAUACGGGCGCCUCUUUGGCGGCGAUGGUAGCCGCUGUGGCUGCUGGCGAUCUGGGUUUUCGUCCACCGUCGGGUUUUACUGAUUUGCGCGAAUUCAGCGAAGCUGAAUGCGAUCGCGAGCAACGUGCACUGGACUUGGAAGUGCAACGUGUUAUGGAAAACACCGACGGAGAAUUGGCCAAGAUGGAUCGAGAGGAAUUGACCUCACUACUGGCAAGGUAUCAGGAAAAGAAGGAGCAGGAGCGCCAGGAAUAUACCAUACAUGUUUAAUGUUUAUUAGAAGUUACUUACAUACACAUAAG